CACAUUUCAUAAGACCUCACGAAGCAAAACUAAUCCUAUUUUAUAUUCUAAGAGAGAGACAUAGCCAGAGAAUAACAAGAGAGAUAGAGAGAGAAGCUUGUUUAUAAUAUGCCAACAUCGCUACAAUUUCAGAGAUCUCCCACCACCGUAGAAUCAUCCAACCACCACCACAAACAACUUCAGAAAAUGAGCCUCACGCGCGGCAUGGGCGACGUCCCUGAGCACGUGGAGCUCUCCCACACGCACGUGGUUGAACCCUCUCAGUGCUUCUCCGUCGUGGUGCAAGACGUGGACGCUCCUGCUUCCACCGUGUGGUCCAUCCUCAGCCGCUUCGAACACCCUCAAGCCUACAAACACUUUGUGAGGAGCUGCCACGUGGCUGCCGGAGACGGCCGAGAGGUUGGCUCCGUUAGGGAGGUCAGAGUCGUCUCUGGUCUCCCCGCUGCCUUCAGCUUAGAGAGGCUUGAGAUCAUGGACGAAGAUCGCCACGUCAUGAGCUUCAGCGUCGUGGGUGGAGACCACAGGCUUCAGAACUAUAGGUCUGUCACGACGGUGCACGAGUCGACGGAGGAUAAGAAGAAGACACGUGUCGUUGAGUCAUACGUCGUUGACGUACCGGCUGGUAAUGAUAAGGAUGAGACUUGCAGCUUCGCCGACACCAUUAUACGUUGCAACUUGCAAUCGUUGGCUAAACUCGCCGAGAACCCGCCUAGAAUCUCGUAAUUAACAUUUUCGUUUGAAUUUUUUUUUAAAUUUUAUUUCUAAUAUAUUCUCUCUUUUAAGAUUUUAUCUUUUUAUUUAGGUUUUAGAUUAUAUAAAUAUCGUUGGGGAUUUUUCGAAACUACAAAAGAAGAAGAUGGUUUUGUUUUUCGAAGUUAGGGUUUUAGGGUUUGUUAAAUGUUCGUUUCGACGAUAGUUUAGUUCACCCUCAAGAUCAUAUCUUCUUGAACUCUUGUGUAUAGUGUAGGUUAUUUUCUCUUCGUAGUAGUAUUCUUCUUGCCAGUUACUUUAAAUAUGUAUGAUCUUUGUUUUAAUCAUGAAACAGUAUAAUGAUUCAGUCACUGAC